GGCCCCGCCGAGGGGCAGGCGGCCAGCCCUCGCUCCCGCCGCCCGGCUGCGGCUGCCGCGCCCCCCGCCCCGCCGCAGGGAAGGGGCAGCGGCGCGACUACCAGGCGGGAGGAGAGAAGCCGCCGGCAGCUCGGGCAAGCGCGCUGCGGCUGGGUCUCCGGGGAUGGACUGGGCUUCGCCCUCCGCCUCAGCUUGCCCGCGGUGAGGAGGGCGGUGACCGGCCGCCCCAGCCCGCCGGGGAGGAGAGGCGACCCCGCCUGCGCCGCGGGGCCGGAACGACCCUGCUCACGCCCGGUUAAAUGUCACGGCUCCCCGGCUGCUCCCCGCCGCCGCCCCGCGCGUCGCUCACCUCGGGAGGGGGCUGUGAAGGUGGCGGCAGAGGCAGCCUCGGCUGCGGCGCGCCCCGCCGCCGCUCGCCGUGAGAGAGCGCCCAGGCAGCCGCCAGUAAGCAAUCAGUGGAGCUGAAAAACUUGACAGCGAACUCUUUGUCUUUUCCUGCGUGUAUCUGUGGAACCUGGUUUGCAAGGUUGAUAUGAAGAUAAACAGUCUGGAGGAGGGAAGUAGUGGAAGACUAUCACCACAAGUGUGAGCAAAGAACAGUUUCAACCUGGUGCAGUGAUCGUCUCCAGGACUCGAACCCACUAAGUCUUAAGGUUCGUUUCAAGCAUUCUGAGUGUGGUGCCAUGAGAGAUGCUGUUGUCCAUGACAGGUUGGGAUUAUCAUGAUCAAGUGCUCUGUUUUGACUUCACCCAGUGGCUAAAAGAUUUGUAUGGUAAAGCGGAAGCAUUGAACUUUUAAAAACAUUAAACAGGCCCGUGACGGAGGGUUAGACCGGAUCAGUGGAGUCAUGCGUCACACAGCUGUAUCAUGCUGGCAGCCGUUCCUGGGUCUGACUGUACUGCUAGUCUUCAUGGGACACACCAUAGGCUGCCCAGCCCGCUGUGAAUGCUCAGCCCAGAACAAAUCUGUCAGCUGUCACCGAAGGCGUCUGAUGUCCAUCCCAGAGGGCAUUCCCAUUGAGACCAAAAUCUUGGACCUCAGCAAGAACCGACUGAAGAGCGUCAACCCGGAGGAGUUCACAUCAUAUCCUUUGCUUGAGGAGAUUGACCUCAGUGACAAUAUAGUUGCCAAUGUGGAGCCUGGAGCCUUUAACAAUCUCUUCAACUUGCGCUCCCUGAGGCUGAAAGGAAACCGUCUGAAACUUGUCCCCCUUGGGGUGUUCACUGGUUUGUCAAACUUAACAAAGCUCGAUAUAAGUGAAAACAAGAUUGUCAUUUUGCUGGACUACAUGUUCCAAGAUCUGCAUAACCUAAAAACUCUGGAGGUUGGUGACAAUGAUUUGGUUUAUAUAUCACACAGGGCCUUUAGCGGACUGCUUAGCCUGGAGCAGCUCACCCUGGAGAGAUGCAACCUCACAGCUGUACCAACAGAAGCUCUUUCUCACCUCCACAACCUCAUCAGUCUGCAUCUGAAACAGCUUAACAUUAACGCUUUGCCUGCAUAUGCCUUCAAAAGACUCUUUCGCUUGAAAGACCUAGAGAUAGAGGCCUGGCCCCUCCUGGACAUGCUACCUGCUAACAGUCUCUACGGUCUCAACCUUACUUCUCUCUCCAUCACCAACACCAAUCUGUCUGCAGUACCUUACUCUGCUUUUAAACAUCUGGUUUACCUGACACAUCUAAACCUCUCUUACAACCCUAUCAGCACCAUUGAAGCAGGCAUGCUUUCAGAUUUAGUGCGCCUGCAGGAACUCCAUGUGGUGGGGGCCCAGCUACGUACCAUUGAAUCACACGCUUUCCAAGGGCUCCGAUUCUUACGUGUUCUUAAUGUGUCACAAAACCUGCUAGAAACCCUAGAAGAGAAUGUAUUCCAUUCCCCCAAAAGCCUUGAGGUCCUCUGCAUUAACAACAAUCCUCUGGCCUGUGAUUGCCGUCUCCUUUGGAUUUUACAAAGACAACCCACUUUGCAGUUUGGAGGCCAGCCACCAAUGUGUGCUGGUCCAGACAGUGUCAAAGAGAGGUCAUUUAAAGACUUUCACAGCACAGCUCUUUCCUUUUACUUCACCUGUAAGAAGCCCAAGAUACAAGACAAGAAGGUGCAAUACCUGGUAGUGGAGGAAGGGCAGACAGUGCAGUUGAUGUGCAAUGCUGAUGGGGAUCCGCAGCCUACCAUAUCCUGGGUUACCCCACGUCGAAGACUGGUCACAACUAAAUCAAAUGGAAGAGCUACUGUGCUGGGAGAUGGCACCCUGGAGAUCCGAUUUGCUCAAGACCAGGACACUGGGAUCUAUGUUUGUAUUGCAAGUAAUGCAGCUGGGAAUGACACCUAUUCGGCCUCCCUUACAGUAAAGGGGUUUACUUCAGACCGUUUCCUUUACGCCAACAGGACCCCUAUGUAUAUGACAGACUCCAACGACACAAGUUCCAAUGGAACUAAUGUGAACACCUUCUCUCUGGACCUUAAGACAAUAUUAGUGUCCACAGCUAUGGGCUGUUUCACAUUCCUUGGAGUGGUUUUAUUUUGUUUCCUCCUUCUUUUUGUGUGGAGCCGAGGGAAAGGCAAACACAAAACCAGCAUUGACCUUGAAUAUGUCCCUCGCAAAAACAAUGGUGCUGUGGUUGAAGGGGAGGUUGCUGGACCACGAAGGUUCAAUAUGAAAAUGAUUUGAUGGUAUUCUGCUAGGAGUGCUUUUUCUGUGGCAUUAAAACCAAUUAAACCAGCCUGGCAUGUGGAAUUGCUAGGCAGAAGCAGCUUAAUACAGCUGUCAGUGUAUCAAAAGGUUACAUGAAAAUGGAAAGACUAUUUGUGGUUAUACAGCAGAGCCUCCAAACCUUGAGGCAGAUAUGUCAGGGCCUUUCAUAGAACUGGUAAAUUGUACUAACUGUUUGCAUUGCAAAUAUUGGCAUUCUGGGGAUAUCAGCAAUGAACCGCUGGCUCAUGUUCAUGGACAAUUGUUCAACAUUUUCUACCACUACAAAAAGAAAAAGGAAAAAAAAAGCCUACAGUGUAGGAUUUACAUACUUAAAGAAAAAGACACAUUUGUCUAAAACAUACUCUACAGUGAAAUUUGUAUCUAUAGAUCUCAUUUGGUAAAAAUUUGCAUCAUCCCUUCUAGCUGGUUCAACACCACAAAAAUUUGGUAGUUUUUUUUAAUCUACAUCUAUACUGUGUGCAUUUUAAAGCAAUACAAAUGAGAGGUUGUGCUUUUAGAUAUCCACCAAUACUGACCCAAGUGUGAUGUCACCCUCCUUUUAUCUACCAUCUAACCCAAAUUAGACUCUUGUAGUUACUAAUUAGAAAUAACAUAAGAUAUUUUUCUCCUCAUGUAGAAGGCCAGAGAUAAAUAGUUGAGAGCAAAAUUGCUCAGCUCUGUUGAUCUUCUCUUCAUAUAAAUAUAAGGCAUGUGCCUAGUUUUGAUACAGAAUGGAAUAUUUUUUAUAUCUGUGAUAUCACACUGGACCAGUUUACUGUAACAUAGCCCUGGAUCUCACCCAGGGAAGGCAACCCACUAGACAUUGCUGGCAUAGAGGAGUUGAGUUCUACCUUUAAAAGAGAAAGCUCUUUUUGUUAUCCCUGAUUUUAAUUUCAAAGCUACUGUUAAAAUGUUAAUGGGUACUAGGCAAAAAGAAAGAACUUAAUACAUUCUGCAUACUUCGUGGGAAAUAUGGUCAUCUUACUAUUCAUACAAGUGAAUUAAAACAUAUAAACUCUCUGCUACUAGGAAUGAACUCUUCUCCAAUGCCAAGUAAACUACGGUUGUCCAUGCAUAAUAUGGGGAUUAUAAUACUAAAAUAAUGUUUAAAAAAUGAUAGCCUCAAAAAAGGCUAACAUACUGCCAGAUAUAAUGAACCUCUAGCCACUGUCAUUCUCAUCUUGUAUAUUUGUAGAUAACACAUAAACGCAAAGCUAGUUUCCAAGAACAGAUUACUUAGCUAUUCUUGAUGCCAUUUUAAUAACUAUGUGGUUAUGUUUCUUUCAGGGGCAGUAUCUUAGAGCAAGAGGGGCAAGUUUUUCCAGGUUUUAGGAAGCUUUUCUAAUGAAGAGGAGACAGAAGUGGAACGUUAGUUCAGUAAAAGUAACCUUUUUGUUUGUUUCUUUUAUGCCUCUAAACAAAUCUUCAAAAGGCUCAGAACUGAAACUUUAUUCUUUAUUCUUUAUUGUUGUUACCACUGUUCUUGGUUUGAAAUUCUCAGCAGUGGGAAGAUAAAGAGUUGUUCAGCCACCUCUCAAUUUUUCAGAAAUUAUGAGCCAUAGGUUUGUUGCUAAGUUGUUGGUAACAAAUACAAUUUAUAAAUGAUUGACAUAACCUGGAGUAAGGAUAAUAAUAACUCUGUACAUGUUUAGCCAAAAUGAAGAUGAAAAUAUAAGACAGAACACUCAGAUUAAGACUUAAGAGGCUGUGUCCAAUCUUAAUAUAAGAUUUUGGCACUUUGAAACCAAAGUCAGGCUGACCUAUAAUGGGAUGCAGGUGCUUUUAAAAUUAGUAUCCACAUUCUUUGGCAGACAUUUUAUAAGCAGGAUAAAGAUCUCCCAUUCCUAUCAAGGGAAAUGUGCCAAAAGUUGUAAAAUCCAGCUGCAAUCCCCAUGUGUAACCCUAAUAUAACUGUAGGACACGAGGCAAGGCAGUUUUGAGAACCUCUUUUCUUAGUGGUUGAUCUUUGGUUGCACUGUUGCUACAUUUUAGGUUGCCAAACUGGGGAGGAUACAAGAGUUGUUAGAAUUUUCUUCACUUUAGUUGGCUUUAAGUUCAGAGUUGGGUUUUCUUGCUUCCUUUUUUUUUUAUGAUCUGAAUUAGUUAGUUGGAGAUUUAUGGAGAUGCUUGAGACUAAUCCUCUUUGUUCUAUAACAGUUUGUAGAACAUUAAUAAAAUGGAAACACCCCUGACUAAAUUCUAACACCAGGGAAAUUAUUUUUGCUGAUACAACAACCACCGCACUGAAGUCCAAAACUCUAUUGUACCUUAAUGUGGGCAGCUAAAGAAACAAAUGGGGAUAAAACAAAGUGUUUCUGAACUGCCCGUUGAAGACAUUUGCAUGUGCCUUUCCCUUGUAAUUGUCAUUUUUUCAACUAGUAAUCUAUUGCCCCUGCAGUCAUUUCAUGUUCAAUGUUAGAAGCAAAAAUUCUCCUAAAUUCUACACAGUUGCAGCUGAUUGCUUCAUAUUAAAUGACACAAUAAAAAAAAAAAAAAAAAAAAACUCUAAAAAAAAAGAAAAACUAGAAAAAAUGUGCUUUUAGGAUUAAUUAUGAAUUGCUGAAUUCCCCUGUUCCCUUAGAAUGACUCUAAAAAGUGAUUGCAUUGUUAGUGCACUGCAAGGAUUUCUGAGCAGUAAUGUGCUUAGUUACCUAUGUGAAAUGUGUGCUGGUGAUGAAAAUCACCGCUUGCUCUUGCUGAGCACCACCUUGCAGAGCUGUCAGCAUUGUGUGUAUCGCCUUGAGUUCAGUCAGUAUUUAGUUUUUAAGAAUCAGUGUUUGCUCCCUGCAGCUAGCAAUGUUCUACUUUUUGCAGCCUACUUAUUUCAUCGUGGACUUGGCAAGGCAUAUGGCAUCUCUUAACAGAAGCAAGGACAGCAAGACUCAGAGGCAAGCUUUUAUCUUGCUCCACAUAGUCUUCUUUCUAUAUAUUUGUGGGACACACGCUCACUGUGGCUGUUUUGAGUGAAUAAGGAAUACAGCAUCAGGGUCAGACCUAGAUAAGCACCUAUUUGGCAAUCUUUUUAACAACGUAGUGGCUGAAUGCCUGUAAUCCCUAUUGAUAGAGUAACUUCUGCUUCUCUGCUAGAGACCAAGGAGACACCACAGUUUAUCUUACUGCAGGGGAGAAAAAGGACUGGGCUGUGCAGAGGCAUCUGACCCACAUGGCUCUGCUCUCAUAUAUUCAGACGCAGGUGGACAGUGCAUACGUGCCAUGAAAACAGGGCAUGAAGGUCUUUUCCUUAUCUAUGACUUGUACACUGGCUGCCUCCCACGCUGGCACAAUGCCAAGCCUGAACUUACCCAGCGGUCAGUGCAACGAGACUCUGAGGAGCAGCAAUAGUUCUGAAGAAAAGGAGAAAACUGGAAAUGUCAAAACCAGCAGAGAAAUUUGAGAAAGCAGGUACCACGGCAUCCUUGUCAGUAAUUCAUAUAAGAGCAGUGCUGAGCCUCCAACAAAUACGUUUUGAAGUCCACUUCCACAGAUAGGUACUCCUCUUCCAUAGCAGGUGGCUGUACAAGUGCUCAGGCUUCCCAUGAGUGAGUUAAAGAGGACUCUGCAGCAGUGUAUUAAGAAAAGAGUUUACAAUGACAUAAAGAUGGAUUAAGACUAAGCAGUGCCCCUCCUUAUAUUAUUUUUAGGUUUUGAGGUGGUUUUCUUUUUUCCCCCCCUUCAUUUCUUAUUAACUUGUCAGCAUUCUUUUCAAAAAGGCUUCAUCCACAAUAUCAGCUCAGUUAGAUGCAGACUGGGAGACUGCUUUUACCCUCUGUUUUCCCAUCGCUCACCAUUCACACAUGCUCCCAGUGCCAACAGUGUCAACAGCUCCAGAUAUGACUGAAAUCAGCCAGGAAACUCUGAGCCUCUAGAGAUCUGUUGAUGCAAGCUGAUAUCACUAGGCAUUUUUUAACUAAAAUGUUUUUUAAUUAAGUUGACAUCAUUGUCACACUGCCAUUCAAGCUUUCCUUUAUUUACAUGAAUUGUAGUUAUCUUUUUUUCCUUAUUUCUUGCGUCAUGGUAUUGCAUCACCUAUAAUGGUAACAAUUAUACCACCAUAAGGAAAAUUAAGAGAGAAAGCCACAUUGCACCCUCAACACCACAAAUUGUAGUUAAGGCAUAUGAAACACAGUAAGAAACCAGCUUUAAUAUGUAAUGAAAAGUCUUAUCUAAACCUUGUGAUAGAAGAAAGAGAAACUUUGGAAUGUAGACCAUGUUGCUACUGAAUCACAUCAAAGAUGCAUAGAGGUACUUUCCUACACCAUGCUUAGAUAUCUGGUUUAGUUAUUAGACUUCUCCCAAAAAACUUUCAGGAUGUGGCAACACCAGAAGCUCACAUUUAACCCAGAAAAAGACACAUCAGCUGAAUAUCCAAUAGAGCAAGCAGUUUCUGGCUGCCCAAGGACAACAGCAGUUUCUAGCAGGGACAGCCAAGAAACUGUAGUCAUUGUUAUUUUGCCUCAUCCACUACUGCAUCCUGUAAAAAAAAAGGAUCCAUUAGCCAGUAAUAAAAUGGAAUCCUUACUCAUUUUUCUUCAAACAGGACAAAAUUUGUAUAAAUAAGCUACAGUCUGUUCCACCUCUACCCCAAGCAGUGAAACAUCAGCAAGAAGUGAGGACGGGGAAGCCUAUUCUGCUGGUCAGUUUGUUAGUGAUCUUUUUCCCCUCAUUGAUCCUAGUCUACCUGGGGCUAGCAUGAUGACUGCUUUGUCCAUUCCCAUCCUCUCAGCUCACAAUGUGGCUUGACACGGAGUAGCAGGGAAAGGAGCAUGUGAUCAAGCUGUCCCUCCUCCUUGAACUGAAACUCUGGUCUUCUCAAAUAAAACAACCAGCACAGCAGCAGUAUUUUAGAAAUCUCUGUCUGCUGCAGCUGAUCUGUAGUUGUGCCAUAAGACAACAUGUGGGAAAACACUGGAUACAUGAUUUCUGACCUUAUUUCAGUAUCCUAGGUGAUUGCUCUUUGUGCUGAAUAAAACUAAGAAAGAAGAACUAAAAAAAACUUUCAUCCAGUAGUUUAAAAGUUAAAAUGUGCCUGGAGGAGUUAAAGGAACAUCUUUGGAAAAGACAAAGGGCCAGAUUUCUGGACGAUCAAUGAAACAAUUUUCAAGUUAGCUAAGCAAUUUGGAUGCCCUGUUCCUAUCAAUUGUAAUAAGAAUUAGAAACACAGUUUCCCUUGGCAGUUUAGAAGAAACACAGCCAUUUGGUCCAGUGAUACAUGCUCCCUUUGUCUGUCUCUUAGCUCUGUCCUCUUCCCUUCUCAUUUUCAAAUGACUGUGAUGCCAAAUGAAGAUCUCUGGAUUUGGUUUAGUUUCACUGCAUGUUCACAUGACAUUUCGAAUCUAGAUCUCAAAACAGGAUCUUAAACCCUCUUUAAACCAAAAUUAAAAUAAAAAAGGAAGAAGAAGCUUGAGUAAAGCUCCUCCUGCAAAUUAAAUAAACCAACUUCUGUAAGGUUCUUGCUACUGGGAUAGCUCCAUGCCAAAAGCAAUCUGCAGGUUGAAUGAGUCUGAGACUUUUUUUUUUUUUACUAGAAGCAGGUGGUUGGAUAUAAGGCCAGCUGGAAAUAAAAAUCUCUAUUUAUAGCCUCAGCAGAAUAAGAAAAGAGCUGGCACAGUCAAGAAAAUGUUGCAUCAUAUUUCAACUUAAAUCUAAGGAUACUUUAUCCUUCAUAUUCAAAUAAGUCAUAUAAGACUACAAAAGAACAGACUUUCACUUCAUAAUUUAAUUAUUUGUAUUUAUUCAAACUGGUACCAAAAUUGUCAUGAAGCAGAAGUGUUGAAGUAAGAGACUGAAAACAGAUUUUCUACUCUAUUCAGGCAAUAUAAAUCAGAAGAAAUCCUCUUGACACCAUUCUGUUAUUCGUUAGUUACACUAAAAUUUUGAUAAAAGAAUCGAAGUUUUUUUGCUUUAUACUAAAUGGGCUAUAGUGGAAAAUAAGCAGAACUUAUGUUUUAAUUUUUCCUCGCCUCGUAGCAUAUCUUUUAUUCUGGACUGUUUUAAUAUUUACCACUGCUAACUGAGCUGGAGAAUAUGAAAAUGUAGAUUCUGAGAAGAAAGAAAAAAAUGGGAAAAAAAAAAAAAAAGGCUAUCUGUAACCUUAAAGAAGUCUGCCUAUUUUCAUGUGUGGUAUUUGCAAGCCAACAGCAUUAUCUCUACACACAUAAGCCAAGAACAAUGGCUUGAAAUUUUAAGGCAGCUGGGAAGAUGGUUGUCAACUUGUACACACAUUAAUAAUUUUGAUCUUUUAGAAAACAAAAUAUUGUUGCUUCUUAAAGAAUUCUUUUAUACCAUUUUGAUAUCUAAAAGCAAAUGACACUUUGGCUUCAUUACACUGGGCACUGUAUAAGUAUGAAGUAAAUGACAGCCCUGAUCUGGUGAGCUUACAGCCAUACAGUAGGAAGUUGGCUUCUGAGCAGGUACAAAUGACAGCGAGUCUCUCAUUGUUUGGGGAGGGAAUGCCAUAGUGCAUAUAUAUUAAAAUAUCAUCAUACUUACUGAAAUCUAUUUGCAAGCACAUGUAGAUCAUAUGUAUAUGUUUGUGUGUGCAAAAAAAGAGUUAUAUUUGUUUUGUUCUUUUCUUACUUAGAGUAUUAAAUGUAUAUUGUUUUUAAAAGGUGACAAGGUUAACCAGAAAAAAAAAAGUGUUGUAAUUUAUUUUAAUAUAUAUGAUCAUGAGUAUGGAUGGGAAAUGAAACAGCCUUGCUGUUAUGAUCCAUGAAACACAUGACAAGUCAAGUUUGUCCAUAAGUUCGCUUCAUGUUUGAACAAAGUAUACUAAUAUAAUGGAAAAAAAAAAAAAAAAAAAAAAGGAAAAAAAAAAAAAAAAAAAAAGCUUUGUUUGUCAAGACAGUUGUCCUGAAUGUCUUUUUAAAAGUUACUUUAGGGCUUAUGUCAUGAUGUGUAUCAUACCUAUCCAAAGUGAAACCCAAAUAAAUAAUUCCAUGGAGUGGCAAAA